GAAGUCACUUAUGGCCUUCGAAUCCGGAAGCCGUAUUGCAGCUCGUCAGUUAGCCCUCCCUUGAGAUCACGGAAGUGUCAAGCUGGUGUCCUACACAACUUUUUUUUUUCUUCAGUGAGUAUACUUUCUGCAGUCACCAGCAUGACAGGAAAGACAAAUGGUUUUUGUUUUCAACCGAGAGCACUUUGAGUAAAGUCAGCAUUCCUUCAUUUUUUUUUUUUUCGAAUAAAGAGUUUGAGUUUCUUUCUUUUUUUUUUUUUUUUAAGACAAACACUAUCUUUCGCUAUUGGCUUUAAGAAAUAAUUUGUCAGAAUAUCUGCUCUGUGACAACAAGAGCUCAUCAUGGCCAAGCGAGUUGCAGUGAUUGGAGCUGGUGUGAGUGGCCUGUCCUCCAUCAAAUGCUGCUUGGAUGAGGACCUGGAGCCCACCUGCUUUGAAAGAACUGAUGACAUCGGGGGACUGUGGAAGUUUACUGAAACUUCUGAAGAUGGGAUGACCCGGGUCUACAAGUCAUUAGUGACGAAUGUCUGCAAAGAAAUGUCCUGUUACAGUGACUUCCCCUUCCGAGAAGAUUAUCCCAAUUUCAUGAAACAAGAAAAAUUUUGGGAAUACCUCCAAGAAUUUGCUGAGCACUUUGACCUUCUGAAAUACAUUCAGUUUCGGACCACAGUGUGCAGUGUGACAAAGCAUCCUGACUUCUUGGAAACUGGUCAGUGGGAUGUUGUCACAGAGACAGAAGGGCAGCAGGACAGAGCUGUCUUUGAUGCUGUCAUGGUCUGCACUGGACACUUCCUGAAUCCCCAUUUACCUUUGGAGUCAUUUCCUGGAAUCCAUAAGUUUAAAGGCCAGAUCCUGCACAGUCAAGAGUACAAGAUCCCAGAAGGCUUUCAGGGCAAACGCGUCCUAGUGAUCGGUCUUGGGAACACUGGAGGGGAUGUUGCAGUGGAGCUCAGUCGAACGGCAGCUCAGGUAUUUCUCAGUACUAGAACCGGUACCUGGGUUAUCAGCCGCUGUUCAGAUGGGGGCUACCCGCUUAAUAUGAUGGUUACAAGAAGACACCAUAAUUUUAUUGCACAAGUUCUGCCUUCGUGGGUACUAAAGUGGAUUCAAGAGAGGCACAUGAAUAAAAGAUUUGAUCAUGCGAAUUAUGGAUUAAGUAUUACAAAGGGGAAAAAAUCAAAAAGAAUUGUGAACGAUGAGCUGCCAACCUGUAUCCUCUGUGGGACAGUCACUGUGAAGACCAGCGUGAAGGAGUUUACAGAAACUUCUGCUCUCUUUGAAGACGGGACAGUGGAAGAAAACAUCGACAUUGUGAUCUUCACUACAGGAUACACAUUUUCUUUCCCCUUUCUUGAAGAACCUCUCAAAAGCCUUUGUACAAAGAAGAUAUUCCUUUACAAGCAGGUCUUUCCCUCAAACCUAGAGAGGACAACACUCGCUAUCAUUGGCUUCAUCAGCCUCACAGGCUCCAUCUUAGCAGGCACAGAGCUCCAAGCACGAUGGGCCACGAGAGUAUUCAAAGGACUCUGUAAGAUACCUCCAUCUCAAAAACUGAUGGCUGAAGUUGUGAAAAAGGAGCAGCUCAUAGAAAGGGGUUUGAUGAAAGAUCCCAGUGGAGACAAACUUGACUACAUUUCCUACAUGGAUGACCUCGCUGCAUGCAUAGGCACGAAGCCCAGUAUCCCACUUCUGUUCCUCCAGGAUCCCAGGCUAGCUUGGGAAGUUUUCUUUGGACCAUGUACUCCUUAUCAGUAUCGCCUAAUGGGCCCUGGAAAAUGGGAUGGAGCCCGAACGGCCAUCCUGACCCAGUGGGACAGGACACUGAAGCCCUUAAGAACUCGAGUAGUUCCUGAUUCCUCCAAGCCUGCCUCCAGGUCACAUUAUCUGAAAGUCUGGGCGGCUCCUAUCCUACUCGCCUCCCUUCUACUGAUCUGUAAAUCUUCGCUUUUUUCGAAAUUGGUGCCAGAUAAACUACAGGACAGAAUUUCCUCUUACCUAGUCACCAGAAUCUGGUCCUGCAGCUUCCCCUCCACUUCAAACGCUGCCAUCCAGUACUACUAAACUGUGAACUGUGUCCUGCCUCAUCACUUCGACACAAGCUGUUGCCUCUGCCGGCCACUCGAAUCCACACCUGACUGUCUCUCAAGGGAGAGCUUGAUUACCUCCCUCUGUGAAGCCUGCCCUGAAUCCCCGAAGCAGAGCUGACUGCCUUUUCGUAGUGAGUACACCCCGUAUACCACUGUCAUUGCUCUUUUCCUACUGAGGUACACUUUUCUUUUUGUGUCUGUCUCCCAAUGAAUGGUGAGUUCUUGAGAGAAACCAUGUCUUGUUCAGCUAAAACACUGCCUGACACAAAGUGUUGCAAAAUAAAUAUUUGAUGACCAAA